UUUUCUAACUUUGACAGUUCGGCCGAUGUUUUGGGCGAACGCUCGUGUAGCAGCAAAAUAAACAGAAAUGGCUUUAGAUUUUUCGGCCACAUAUAAACUUCUAGUGUUAGGGGAUUCUAAUGUAGGCAAGACUUGUAUUGUGCACAGAUAUUGUGACGAGAGAUACUACGAUAUUUACAUAUCCACGAUAGGUAUAGAUUUCAAACAAAAGAUUAUAAAUUUGGACGGGGUGCCCAUAAAGCUUCAGAUAUGGGACACUGCCGGGCAGGAGAGAUUCCGGACGUUGACCACCGCCUACUACCGGGGCGCCAUGGGAAUAAUACUAAUGUAUGACGUCACCAAUCUUGAAUCAUUUAACCAUUUAUCGUAUUGGCUGAGGAAUAUUCAAGAGUACGCUUCGCCGGAUGUUAUAAAAGUGUUAGUUGGCAACAAAUGCGACGUGCACGAAAACCACCGAGCAGUACCUAAAGAACGCGGUCAAAAGAUAGCUGACGAUUUCGACAUGCCAUUCUUCGAGGUCUCCUGUAAAAAUGACAUCAAUAUUGAAGAAGCGUUUAUAACUUUAGCAAGAAAAAUUAGGGAAUAUAGAGACAACAAGGCGGAUGCAUUCGAGCUGAAGGAAAGAGACAGUGUGAUAAAGCCAUCAGAUUCCGAGACAGACGUAUCAAAAUGUUCUUGUUAACCUAGUUUAAAUAUAUAUUUCUUUAAAAAGAACUACAAAUUGCAGCGAGUAAGUUCAAGAUACUAUUCUACUCGUACGAUAUCCCAAGUGUAGGUAGAUAUAUUUAGUUAACCAUACUGACACUAAAAAGAAAAAUAUCAAAAUAUCAUUAUUUUAGUGAAUCUAAGCAAAAACGGAGCUCUAGGUAGAUCUUAUCUAGAUCUUGCUCUGUUGCAAUUCCGUUCGUUAUGUAUGCUUUAACUUAAAUACAGACAUUUUAAACUCCAUUGGGCAAAACCAGUGGGGAUAAUACAGUCUGUAUUUAAGAUGCCAAUAUUAUUGUGCGACUUGACAAAGUCUAUUGCGAAAUGAAUUAAACUAUGAAGGAAAGUAAAUUAAAAAAUAUUUAUAGCUAUACCUAAAAAGGUAAAAUUGAACUUGAAGUUCCCGAAUUAAUUUACUAGUGAUCUAAAAAAUAAUAAGGCAAUAGAGCGUACAGUGCAGAUAGUUACUGCGUAUAAUAGUUACCACAGCAAAAAAAACAGGGUUGCCGACAUUACAUACUUGAGGUAGAAUUACUUAACCUUACUAGAGUCACAUUGCUCGUAAAAUAAUGGACAGGAUGGGACACCUAAAGUUAUCUGAUGGAGCGGAAAUACGCUGGAUUGAGGCCGGCAGGCAGAAAUAGAGUAUUGAUGCGAUCAUUGAUGAACCCCUAUCGCCCAACAGUGGACGUCAAACUAAGUUAAAAUUCAGAAACCCUAGUGUAAACAUUCGAUAUCGUGACGGACGUAUGCGUUUGCGUUAAGUCUCAUUUUGUAAGGGAUUUUAACAGCCCGCCAAACGGGACGUUUCGGAAACUCAAAGCGUACGUCACGUCACGUUAUCGAAUGACAUUUACACUGGGGUACAGAAUCAUAGUUUAUUUUCACAGUAAACUAUGCCAAGGCUCGCAUUUCAUAUUUUAAUGACAAUAGGUAAAGAGUUUAGUGUUCGCUUAGCGCGUAUUAUCUUCUACUAGCUGUGCUGUCUUGCGUGAGUUGCGUGUGACACCCUCGCAUGCGUAAUAUGCACCGUCUAGUGUAGGACGUCAGUAUUAUCCAAUAAAUAAUAAAUAUACUACCGUAAAAACCGUAAUGUCUAUACUUUACAACGUUUUGCAUGUGUUUUAAUAGUUUACGAGUACAUUGCUGUAGGUAUAAUUCUCUAAGGCAAAAUUUAAGUCAUGAUAACAGGUAGAGUUUUUUAAUUAGCAUGUUAUUAAAAUAGCUCCUUUAAGGGUAUAGGUACGUAGAUGUCGUAAAUACUUACACAAUUUAGGUUCCGAAACAACCAGUACAUGCUUAUAGUGCUUAGUUGCUAAUAUGAUGAGUUGAACCUAUAUUGAGAAUACAUUUUAUUUUUAUCUAUUGUUUUUAAGGACUUACACUAUUUACAAUGCUAAACUAUCUACAUUCAGCGGUGAAAUGACAUGCCUUAGAGAAUCAUACACAGCUGUACACGUACUUAUACUUUUUAUGUAAUACCUAAAGGUACUUCAAGAAUUUGUUACAAGGGCUGAGCGGUCAAACCCGAUAAGUCGAGUAACUACGAGUAUAUAGAUUUUUUAAAUCCAAAUAGGUUACCAUCGCCCACACUCUCGACUGUCCAUCGGUGGACCUUAUGCAUUUUGUAAUAAGGUCCACUCAUGGACAGAGUGUUGCUGUUUGUAUAGCCACCAUCAAUUGCCUAAUAGCCUUACAAAAGAAAUAUGUCUCUAUACUUAUGUAAAGUAACAAUAUUACUGCGGCAGUUACUUUUGAACGCGAUCUAUUAUAGAGUGGCGGAAGAUACUAAGUAUAGUAGAAUUCGCCCAUAUAACCAUUCCAGUCGCAGAAUCAUCAAAGUGGUAACUAAAUGUCAGAUGUGUCGUAACAGAGUCCACACAAUGUGUCUAGAAUUGUUUCGAAACAAAGUGUCGUCGCCGUGUGUACACUUUUCCGUAACAAGGUGUCGACACAUUUGUGUGCACUUUGCGUGCGGUUUGCGACUAAAUCUGACAGCAAAUUUGUGACAGCAAAUGUCAAUAUAAAAUACCUCUUGAAAACCAAGGUUUGUCAAACUACUAUUAGUGUCUCGUGUGCUUGUAAUUCUAGUAAGUCAUCAUGGGCGAUGCGAAUGAUAAAAAUCGACCAAAACCAUAUAUAUAAACACCCAACACCUGUCAACCUGUUACAGAAAAGUUUUUAAAGAAAUGCAAUACGCUACUAGGUCAGGCAACGAAUGCUCAAUAAAGUUGUAGAGGGAAAUAAAUGCUCGGAACACAAUU